AUGUUCGCGAGAGUGUUUUGGCACCUCUCGUACAAAAGGCGGGUUGGAAACACCUCGAAAGAGUACGCUGCAUCUAGCUGGAGUCUCAACACACUGCUUGCCUCAGAAAUGGACAACAAGAUUGAGCCUUCGGCUUCCACAGUUGGGGUACCCUCGCCUGCAGUACCAUCUCUUGAUGUCGAUGAAGCACAUCGCUAUCUUCAGGAGCAUGCACACGCGGGCUCCGCUGGCUACGACAUGGCACGCGUGAUGAGAAAAGUGGACUGGCGUCUUACGCCUUUACUGUUCUUCAGCUACUUCUUCCAAGCACUUGACAAACAGGCCCUAAGUUACGCUGCUGUGAUGGGCAUGCCAAAGGACCUGAACCUGAAAGGCGACGACUUCUCCAACGCCGCCACUGCUCUCUUCGUGGCACUUCUAGUGACCCAGGUACCCACGGCAUAUGCUUUGAAUAAGUUGCCAGCGGCGAAAUGGCUAGCAUUCACCUCUGUGCUUUGGGGCAUUGCAACCGCCCUUACUGCUACAGCACACAAUUAUCGGUGGCUAAUGGCAGCGAGAAUCCUGAUGGGAGUGUUCGAAGCUGCAGUAUUGCCCUCGGUGACUAUGAUCUGCAGUCAAUACUACAGAAAGGACAAAUCUGGCUUCAGAUUCACACUCUGGGGAGCUGCCAUUGGGAGCUCCUUUGUCAUCGGAGCACUACUCUCGUAUGGCUUCCAACACAUUCACCACGCAGCUUUGGCGAGCUGGCGAAUCCUGUUCUUGGUUCUAGGAUGCGUAAGCACAGUCUUCGGCUUAGCGUUGUUCUGGCUGUUACCGGACACGCCGAUGAAAGCAAGAUAUCUCACAGACGCAGAAAAGGUGGCUAUACUACAGUACGUCGCCGCCAAUAAGACCGGUGUGCGUUGCAGCUCUUUCAAGUUUGCUCAGCUUGUGGAGAUCAUUCGUGAUCCACAGAUAUGGAUGUCAACGAUUCUCACCACCGUGGUCAUGCUGUCGACAGGUUUCACCCUUAGCUACACCGCGCCCGUCAUAGCAGGCUUCGGCUUCCCAGCUCCCUAUGCCGCUCUACUAGUAGCUCCUGGUGGUGUCGUCACUCUCCUUUCAUCUUGGCUAGCUGGCUAUCUGCUCAACACGGGCAUGCCACGUGCUGUGGUCGUGGCCGCAUUGUAUGUCCCGGUGGUAGUCGGCGCGUCUCUGUUGGCCUUCGCACCGGUCACGAACCGUGCGGCCUCGCUCACCGGCAUAUACCUCGUUAGUUGUUCUACGGCGGCAUAUUGUGUCAUGUAUCAGUGGGCGUCUGCUAAUGUUGCAGGCCGGACAAAGCGCACGGCCAUUAUGGGCCUCAUCACAGCUGGAUUCGCGGCCGGAGCGUUGAUUGCGCCUCAGACCUUUAGAGAUCAGGAGGCUCCUCACUUUAUGUCGGCUAAGAUAACACUCUUUGCGACACAGCUAGCUUCCGUCAUCCUUGCGGGACUGUGGGGAGCAUACUACUGUCUUGUGAACCGACAUCGCAACUCCCGAUACGGCAGCGCCACGCUUCUGCGGCACGACGAGGCAGCAUCCAUGCAAGCUGAAGUCUGGGAAAAUAUCACGGACAGGGAGCGAAAGUCCUUUCGUUACGUGCCGUGA